AAGGGACCUUAGCAGUGUCUUUGUGCCCCUUUUAUCCCAUCCAGACUACCAGGAUUAGGGCAGUACCAAGGAUUAGGUACCAAGGAUUAGGGCGGACAAACCAAUUACUCACAUGUAGUGGUUCAGUAAUCACAUGCCCUAAUCCCAUCAUCACCCAUUCUAGAUUCAGCCACCUCCUAAAAGGUCCCACACCUAUGACUACAUGAGGCUUUUGGGGGUCAUCUAGAUCCAAACCAUAACAACAGCACUCUGGAAAGCUGAGAUAGGUAGAUCUCAAGUUUGAGCCCACCCUGGCAACCUAGCAAUUAGUGAGACCUUCUGUCUCAAAAUAAGUAAAAAAGGUCGGGGGAUGUAGCUAAGUGUAAAGGCCCUGGGCACAAUACCUAGUACCGUAAAAACAAAACAAAACAAAAAAAACCCUGUUCUCUGAUGCAGUAGUGUGUGCCUGCAGGGGAGGCUAAGGCUGGGGGAUUGCUUAAGCCCAUGAGGUCAAGACCACUAGUGGCAACAUAAAUAAAACUUAAAACCCUAAGAAACCCACAGCCAGUGGAAGGUGUUAGGUACCCCACUGAAGCUCAUCUAGCUGCCCUGAGUCCCUUAACUAAAAUGUAGCAGAUUUUGUGCACACUCAGCCCUCUUGCUUGUAUCUCCCUAAAGGCCACCAGCAUCAGAGAGACUGUGGACACACACUGGCAUCUCAACUGGCAGUGUCUGCCUGAGCCUGUGUGUCAGUGAGGAUCCCAGGACCCUGCCUCUAGAGUGCAGGGCAGGCGGAUGGCAGGGGAGCAGGGCCAGCCCUCUGUUGUAGCGGAGGGGUGGAUACAGUGUUUGUGGGGAGCCCACCCUGCAGGCCCAGGGGGGAGGGCCGCAGCAGAUCCAGCAGGAGCUGCUCUGAGGACUCCAUCGGGGCACCUGGCCUCCUCUGCCCCACUCCUCCUAUGCCUUAAGUUCUCAGAAUCACAUAAUGUAUAGAACCAUAAAUGCCAAUGUGAUUUGAGGGACUCUGAAACCAAUGUCAGGGAUCAGAUGUGGGGUCAGCUGGGUUCCAGGUGCCACUCAGGCCCACCACACUGGCCCAGCUACUGCCGUUGCUGGGUUCCUCUCUGUGCUUCGUCUGCUUCCUCAGUGGGACGGACCUUCACUGGUCUGGAGCACAGGACCACAAUGUGCAACCUCCUCUUUCUGUCCUCACCUGCUCUGCCUCGCAGCCCACGUGUCCCCCUGAGAAAACCAUGCUCUGCCCCUCGCUGGCCCAGGUCACCGCAGAGCCAGCCCCCCACCUACAGCAGGGCUGGUGUCCUUCAAGCUCCUGGCUGCUGGCUGCUGGCCAUGGGGUGGGUCUCCCCGUGUGCCUCCAGUCCUGGCCCUCCUGUCUGUCUUUUGGCCUUAACAGGUGCGCCUCCCACGGCCCUCCCAGUGUCUGACCGUGCUCCUUCACUUCUGGCUCUGGGGGUCCCCAUGAGGGCAGAAGCCAUCGUCGGGGCCUGCUCCCCACUUCCCUCCAGGCUUUGUCCUGAGAUGGGUGGUGCCCCAAGUCCAGCAUUUGCCCCUUUGCCUCCAGUUCGCCCUGCCUGUCCACACCUGCUGGUCAGUGUUUACAGAGAGCCCAGAGACACACAGCUCAGGAAGGACUCAGUGGAAACCUGGCAACCAGGCCUCCUGUGCUGUAGACUUUGCUGUCCAGGGAGGGACACGCCUCCUCCUGUGCAUUCCACUCGCUGUCUCCAAGGCUGGUCUCCAGGAGGCGAGCUGAACCCUAUGCAAGGGAACCUGCCAUGACAGUGAGUGGCCUCCCACUUGGAACCGCUGAGCACUAGCAAGUGUGUGGGCCUCCUGCCCCUCUGCAGCCACCUCACGGGCCCCCGCGAUGCUGGACUCAUCAGUGGCAGACCAAAUGACCCGGCUGACACUGAGGCUCUUGGAACAGAAGCUGGAGCAAGAACGAGAGAACUUGGAAGGGGGCUCUGAGGGCACCCACCUUGUGUCAGGACACGAGGACAGGCCAGACGAGGCCCUGCAGAGUGCUCGGAGGAGGAGGAGGGAGCUUCUGCUGAGACUCCGGGAACAGCAGCUCCUGGAUGAGCACCCCUGGGCCCACACCUGGAGGGGAGCACGUGGAGGGGCUCUGGGGCCAGCCCUGCUCCCAGAAGCACCCCCCAUGGGCAUCUACCCCACUGCCUCCCCACCCCCGCCGGCCCCAGAGCAACCGAGAAUCAUCCAGCACCAGGUCCCCCACCCUCCUGCCACCAUCAUUCAGCAGCUACCUCAGCAGCCACUCAUUGCACAGAUUGCUCCUCCUCAGGCCUGUCCCACUCAAAGGUCAGGAAGCAUUAAGGAAGACAUGGUAGAGAUGAUGCUGAUGCAGAACGCGCAGAUGCACCAGAUCCUCAUGCAGAACAUGAUGCUCAAAGCCCUACCUCCUGCGCUGGCACCCGCGGGACCGCGCCCUGCCCUGCAGGACCCGAGGGGAAUGCGCCCGGUCGUCCUGCAAGCUGAGAGGCAGAAGCCACCUGCGGUGCACCACCACCACCACUACACGCCUUCUACCCCACUACAGCCUGGCUCCGUGCCAGGCUCCUCCCUUAGUUACUCUGUGUGGCCUCCAGUGGUUGCAGCCACUGCCCUGCCACCCGCCACCAGCUUCCUGCCCACCAUGUGCCACAUGGCCAGUCCCGCUGCCCUGCCUGCCCUUAGCACGCUGGUGUCCGAUGGUGUCCUGUCCUCGCAGGCCCCGGGUGUGUGAGCGGCUUGCUCCAGGUCGGUUGGCGGCGAGAUGAGUCCGAGCCUCCCCUCUGUCUGACCUGGCUUUCAGGAGAGCUUCAUAGCCAUGAGCAGGGCGCAUGUCCGAGUGGAUGGGUGGGUGGGUGGAGAGUGACAAACCCCUGGCUCGAGGGCGGUUCAUCUGGUUCUCUCACAGCCAUCUUCCAGCACACCUCUGAA